AUGGUUGGGCCAGGAAGGAUGAUUUUGAGAAUGCGGUGCCUUUCGACUCUGGCGUUCAAGUACCCGCUCCUACAACCAUAUCUCCAGGCAGGUGCCUUCGAUUACAACUAUGGAGCAAACUUCGCUUCUGGAGGAACAACUGCUUCCAACGACACUUCUAGGAACCCGAUAUAUCUGUUAAAUCAAGUUGCCCAAUUCGUCAGAUUCAAGCAGAGCGCAACUUCUCAGAAGAAUCAAUUUGCAUGCCAUCCGUUCAAACAGUUUCUGCCUCGCGAUGACUCGUAUGGCGAAGGAUUGUACACCUUUGAAAUUGGAGGAAAUGACGUUCUUAACGCCAUCUUACUCAAAAACCAGACUGCAGCGCAAGUUGUAACUCAAGUGAUCCCUGAUGCCAUGAUGAACAUCCUCGCCACUAUCAAGAUCUUAACUUCAAAUGGGGCCAAAAAGUUUCUCUUCUUCAACACUCCUAAUGCAGGCUGCAGCACCAUAGCUAUGACUGUUCUGGCAUCCAUUCCCGGGCUACAAAAGGAUGAUAUGGGCUGUAUUGUGUUUAUCAAUGAGCUCGAUCAAGCCUACAACAAAGCUCUUAAUGAUACAAUUGCAUCUGCUCGACUUUUAUAUCCUGGUAGAACGUUCUCCAUCUUCAACUACUACGCUGCCAACUUGGAGAUUUUGACAAACCCCUCCCUUUACGGAUUCAAUCCAGCUUUGACCAAGCGUGCGUGCUGUGGAGCUCCUGGAUUUGGAACCCUCAACUUCAACCCACUCGUUACUUGUGGUAAUCCAGGGUCCAACAAAUGUGCAAACCCGGAGGAGUAUGUGAACUGGGACGGUGUACAUUUUACCGACGCGUUUUACAGGCAAAUCUCCUUAUGGGCCCUCUCUGGAAAGUUUACUGAUAACCCGGUCAACUACACUUCUCUGUGCAAAUUAGAUUUCCGGAACUUUGCAAAGUCUUCCACAUACAACUCCGUGUAUCCUCAGAGUUGCAGGGUUACUUUCACGUGAUUGAUUUCUUUCGGUUACAUUCUUUCCGAAUUAGUGAUCUUAAGCUCGAAAACUAGAUCUCAGAAGAGUUUACAAGGGAAUUUCAGUCCCUUCUAGUACGCUUCUUGAGCUCAAGGAAUGUUAGAAAUAUCAAGUUUCAAAUGAUCUUGAUGCGGCUGUCGUACAAAAUACCCAUUCUUUGAUUAUAACCACUAGCUAUAGAUGCAGAUAAUCCUGAUUUCCAUCAGGAUUUGUAUCACGAAUUUUUUAUCAUGAUAAGAAUUCAAUGAAGUAGUUCAAAGUCUAUGUUGAAAACCAGGAAUGAUAGAAGUUGAGGCUAUGUUGCACAAACAUAACAUCGAUUUUUAAGUGCUCAAGCAGU